AUGUCGUAGCCCACUGAUCUUACGAAAAUAUAAAACACUGUACUGGGCCUUUAAAUUUAACAAAAUAAUGGGUGAUACUAGCGAUUUGGAUAGACAGAUAGAACAACUGAAAAGGUGUGAAGUUAUUAAGGAAAGUGAGGUCAAAGCCCUGUGUGCUAAAGCUAGGGAAAUACUGGUGGAAGAAAGUAAUGUACAAAGGGUGGAUUCACCAGUUACGGUAUGUGGAGAUAUACAUGGCCAGUUUUAUGACUUAAAAGAACUUUUCAAAGUGGGUGGAGAUGUACCUGAAACCAAUUAUUUGUUUAUGGGUGAUUUUGUAGAUAGAGGUUUCUAUAGUGUGGAGACAUUUUUGUUACUAUUAGCACUUAAGGUUAGAUAUCCAGAUCGUAUAACACUUAUUCGAGGAAAUCAUGAGUCUCGCCAAAUCACCCAAGUAUAUGGAUUUUAUGAUGAAUGCCUGCGGAAAUAUGGUUCCAUCACUGUUUGGAGAUACUGCACUGAAAUUUUCGACUACCUAUCAUUGUCUGCCAUCAUCGACGGUAAAAUAUUUUGUGUUCAUGGAGGACUUUCACCUUCCAUUCAAACCUUAGACCAAAUUAGAGUAAUUGAUAGAAAACAGGAGGUUCCACAUGAUGGGCCUAUGUGUGACUUAUUGUGGAGUGAUCCAGAAGAUACCCAAGGAUGGGGAGUUUCUCCAAGAGGAGCAGGCUAUUUAUUUGGAUCUGAUGUAGUAGCCCAAUUCAAUGCUGCCAAUGAUAUAGACAUGAUAUGUCGUGCCCAUCAGUUAGUAAUGGAAGGAUACAAAUGGCAUUUUAAUGAGACUGUUUUAACUGUUUGGUCAGCUCCGAAUUAUUGUUACAGAUGUGGUAACGUGGCCGCCAUUUUAGAACUGAACGAACACCUACAAAGAGAUUUCACAAUUUUCGAAGCAGCCCCACAGGAAACCAGGGGAAUACCUUCAAAGAAACCCCAAGCAGAUUACUUUUUGUAAAACUAGUAUUACUCUUUUAAGGUCCAUUCAUUGUUGUUUAUUUUCGAUUUACCAUCUACAUGAAUGUUAUAUAUUUCGUAAACUAAGUUAGUGUAUUUGUAUCUUUUAGUUUUAAGUUUAUUUUUCAUAUGGAUGAAAAAACGCAGUAAAAGAAAAUCGUGUUUAAGUUGUUAUUUUUGUGGCUCGGUGUAAAGAGAUUGGACAGUGUUUUAAUAAUUAUCAGAUUCUUUUAAUACAUAAUUUUAGGAAUCUGUUUUGAAUUUGAAGCUGUUUAUUAUUAGAAAAAUGCCAAAAAAUUCGAAAAAUGGACUUUAUUUAACGUUUGGAAUUUACGAACAAAAGUCGUAUUUUGACAGUUAAAAAUUGUCUUUUGGCAGUUGAGAAUAGGAUUUGACAGUUGGUAAUUGUUUAUAAACAAGUUUUCAACUAUUUUGUCAAUUUUAAAUUAUUUUUUUUGCAACGGCUUCUAAUAUGGCAGCCGGAACGUUAAUAAAGUUUUAUUUUAGCUAUUAGUUUAUAUUAUUGAAAAUUGUAAAAAUCUGGAAAUGCGUCUAUUGGAUUGUAGAUCUAAGUUACAUCGGUCCACCAUCAUUUUUUAAAAUUGGUCAGUGAUUAAAUUUUGUUUUGUAGAUAUCCCUUUUGUCAGCGUUUUUGAUAUUAGUAAUUUUUAAAUUUUUAAUAAAACUGGUAUAUCAG